CUUAUUGAGAAAAGGAAACAACCUGGACCUGUCAGUUGCCGUGGGCAUUUUAAGGGUUAUUCUCUAAGAACCGUCAUCUCCAUUGGUUAUUAUCUUUCCCUUCCAAGCAAUAUUCCCCCCAAAGACAACCGCGCAUUUGAUAGCGCCUUCACUUAGCCUUAGAGAUCAGAAUCAUGGCAGAUAGCGAAAGCGCAGCCGUCGCGAAAACAUCCGCAGGGCUCCAGGAAGAUUCUACGCAGCAUCUGUCCGCUGAAUUAGAAGAAACGUCCGUGAACAAAUCUGGAAACGAAGAAGGAGAGGAGGAAAAUGAAGACGAUGUCGGGCCCAUGCAAUUGGAAAGUUUAUGUAUGAAUUGCCAUAAGAAUGGUGUGACCAAAAUCCUCCUACUUCGCAUCCCCUUUUUCCGAGACGUCCUGUUAGAGUCAUUUGAGUGCCCUCACUGUUUUUUUAAGAAUAAUUCAAUCAAGGCUGCCGGCCAGAUCCAAGAACAAGGUUCGCGGUACACUCUAGAAGUCGAGUCCCCCAGAGAUUUCGAGAGGCAAGUUAUCAAAAGUGAUUCGGCAGUCUUUCGUUUGGAGACUUUGGGAAUAGAAAUGCCCAAGGGCGAUGGCCAACUCACCAAUGUUGAAGGAAUAUUAUCGAAGAUUCUCGAGCAGCUUGAAAGCGAUCAGCCUGCGAGAAAGAUCGCUGACCCGGAACUCUACCAGUCCUUGGAAACCGUUAUUCAAAAGUUGAAGAAAAUGGUUCAUCGUGAAUCAUUUCCUUUCACCAUCUCACUUGAUGACCCAUCAGGCAACUCCUGGAUCGCACCUGCACCCCAUGAUGAAGGGAACAAAUACCAACGGAAGGAUUACCGCCGGACUCGUGAGCAGAAUGAAGAAUUGGGUAUUGGAGGAGGGGAAGAAACAGGAAACAUGAGGGUUUCUGCGGGUGAUCCGAAUGAUCUCGAUAUCAUAGACGGAAAGGUGUACAGUCUUCCCGCCGAGUGUCCUGGCUGCACGAAAGUAUGCUCGGUAAAUAUGCAGAAGGUGGAUAUUCCCCAUUUUAAGGAAGUAUUCAUUUGGAGUACGGUAUGCGAUCAUUGUGGUUAUCGAACAAAUGAAGUAAAGACAGGUGGGGCUGUUCCAGAGAAAGGCAGACGCAUUACCCUCCAAGUUGAGGGCAUUAAAGAUCUCUCUCGCGAUAUCCUUAAGUCAGAUACCUGUGCCGUUGCAAGCGAAGAGCUCGACCUUUCCGUGCAGCCGGGCACCCUUGGUGGUCGGUUUACUACCGUUGAGGGCCUUUUAACCCAAGUCCGCGAUCAGCUUCAUGGUCAGAUCUUUGAGAUUGGCGAUGAAGACCUGGCUCCGGGUGACUCGAUGGCUGCUGAGGAGCGAUCAACCUGGGAACGAUUUUUCAGCAGGCUUGAUGCCGCUAUUAAGGGAGAACUUAAAUUCAAGAUUUUACUUGAAGAUCCUCUUGCAAACAGUUACGUCCAGAACCUCCAUGCACCGGAUCCCGACCCUCAGUUGCAUAUUAAAGACUACACUCGGACAGACGAGGAAGAAGAUGAACUUGGAUUGAAAGAUAUGAAAACCGAGGGCUAUGAAGAGGACAAUGAAAAGGAUGAAGCAUCAUGAUCUCGUGUGUAGACACUGUCUUGGGUUCCCUCUCUCCUUUGUGAUGUGUAUUAAUGAACUGGAAUGACCCAUUUUUUUUUUUUAACGCGAUACAAAAUCUGAAGCUAGAAUCCCGAAAAGGUGGCAUUAUCCUUUUGCUCAUUGCGUUCUGGGAUAGAACGAAAGAUGAUUAUUAUUUUAUUGCACCCUGCUUGGCAUAGUUUAUACGCUCUAAUCAGAUAGAAUUGGCCAGAUGUAAAUGUACAAAUUCAUCCAGCUUGAUAA